AUGAUACCGGUAAGGCAGGAUGACGUAAAACAUCAGAAGCUCUGGGAUCUGUUGCCCCAUCUUGCUUGGACUCUGAUGCAACACGGCGUGAAAGGAGGCACGGCGUUGGUUAAACGCUUUGCCCCUGACGAUAAGCCAGAUGAUACAGCAACAGUCCUGGUUUCGACCACAAAGCUCGAGAAUCAAGACUGGGCGCCCGCCAUAGCCGCGAUGGCAGAGGUUCUCAUUGAAAACCAGCUUGGCGAGAAGACGAUUGUCGAAAUUCUCGACGACAGGGCUGAAGAAUAUUUUUUCCCUGCGCGAACAGAUACUGAGACGCAGUCCAAGUUCCGGGAAGAAUGGCCCAGCAACAUUGAACCUCAGAUGCUUGAAUACCUAGGAAAUGGCCCUGAGUGGGAGACGCUCACCGUUCUAAAUAGGGGCCGAACUAAGGAGGACUCGCAUCUUACAGUCACUGUAGGAAUCACCAAAAAAGCGUCUCAUUCAUGGCAGAUCGAGAAAUACAAUUACCUGGUAAAUAUGCUCGACAGCUAUAACGUGGGGUUCGCUUUUAAGCAAUCGGAUCUUGAUCGCCCGAGUCGCUCUGGAUAG